AUCCCUACUUUUGUUGUUGUGUCAAACUUACUUUGCUGACAACGUUGAGUUGUUUUGCUCAUUCUAGCGAAAUAUCUGCUACGGUAUACAUAGCUCAUAGUCGGAAACUGGAAAAUUAAAAUAGAAAUGUCUGAAGAAAAAAAGACUGAAACUGAGCACAUCAACUUGAAGGUCCUGGGCCAGGACAAUGCAGUGGUUCAGUUCAAAAUAAAGAAACACACUCCACUGCGUAAGCUGAUGAACGCAUAUUGCGACCGUGCCGGCCUGUCUAUGCAGGUGGUACGAUUUCGUUUCGAUGGGCAGCCGAUCAAUGAGAACGAUACACCCACCUCCCUGGAAAUGGAGGAGGGCGACACAAUCGAGGUGUAUCAGCAGCAAACUGGCGGCGCAGCAGGAAACAUAAAUCCAGUACAAUUCCAAUACUAUUAUUAGGUCGACGUCAAUUGAUUUUGGAUUCAUUUUUCAUACAAAACACAUCAAUUUCGCAAACAGUAGUUGUCGGUGCAGUAAACAUUUUUUUUGCUAUUGUACAGUUAUGCUACUUUAGUUGCAUUAGUAAACAAAAACAAACACGAAAAGAAAAUAAAGAGUAUUUAUGCAUUU